UAGCCUGUGAGGUUCUUAUCAAUUAUCAAGGAUUACCAAAUGUGGAAUAACUAGAUGUUUUGUUUGAAACAAACUUUGUAAUUAAUUAACUAUUUUCUAAUCGCAAAAUUGGUUAAGGUAUAUUUAGAAAUCACACAACAUGUUUCGACUUUUAUGAAAUGAAAUUAUAAUUGGCACAUUUUCGGAUCUCAAUUAACAUCACUUUAAUCCGCGUGGACGUGUUUCAACUAACGGUGCUCAAAUUGUAUUAUUUUCAUAAAUUUCCAAGGCUUUUUGGAUAAAUGGGAACGAAAUGUUAUGGUUGUGAAGCUAUUAUUUAUGAUAUAUCUAUCAUACUAUCUAUAUGAGGUGUUCACAAGAAAAGUGCAUAUUAUACCACCUCAAAUGUCUUGCUGUAACGUUUGAAAGAUUGGAAGGCUUCUCAGAAGAGUAUAAGAAAACCUGGACAUGUCCUGAAUGCGGGCGUAUUUUACCUAAAACGAAGAACUCUAAUAUCCCGCUAAGAGGCAAUAUUAUUACUAUGAAUAAGACGUUCACACUGAGUAACUUUGUAAACAUGAGCGUGGUAACCGACACAAAACAAUUGAAUUACGAGUACCAUCUGUUGCUUGUGAUCUUACGGAAGUUUAUCUACUCAAUGAGUUGAGGGAAUUUCGCUCAGAUAUGAUUUAUCGAUUUGAGGAGCAAGCCAAAAAUAUAAAUUGUUAUUAAAUAGUUUUACAAAAAGAGAAUCUGAGCUAAAACAAAUAGGAACGACUUUGGCGGUAGUUCAAAACUAGGCCAACAAAGUUGAAAUAUUAGAAAAUGAAAUUAAACUGUUAAUACAAAGAAAAAUACAAUUAAAAUCAACCUUAAAACCGGUUAAAAAGCAAAGGAAA